AUGGCGCUGUUCCCGCCCGAGUUCCUGGCCGGCAUGCUGCUGGCCUUUGUGCAGCUGCGCCUGCGCUCGCACUUCAGCCUGGCGUCGUGGCUGGUGAAUGGCCUGACCUUCUUCCUGCCGCCCGAGGACGAGCUCAUCGCGACGCUCAACGGCCAGCCGGCCGCGGCCAAGGGCUCCAAGGCGGCCAAGGCGCAGGCCGGUCAGCCGCUUAGCGCGGCCGAGAAGAUGGACAAGUUCUACGUGCGUGUAGCCAAGACGGAGCCCGGCGUCUUCAGCCAGACGCUCUUCUUCGAGCUCUACGAGAUGCUCGUGGUGCUCGUGUCCUCAGCCUCGCUGGGCUGCUGCUUCGGCAGCCUCGUGGCCUACACGGCGCCGUGGUUCGGCCCGGCCGGCGACAACGCGGCCGACGACAAGGUGGACGUGGCCACGUACGGCCUCAUGUCGGCCAUGCUCGUGGCGCUCUGGUUCCCGCUGCAGCUCAACUUCGCCCAGGGCUGGUCGGGCUACGAGGCCCGGCUGGGUCUGUCCGUGGGCUUCAUCGGCGUCAUCGUUUCCGGUUUCUUCAUCCUUUCGCCCAAGGGAAUGCUGGACUUUGACCUGGAGCUGGCGGCGCAACUCGCCGGCGAACGUGUGGCCAUGGUGCUUCGGGCCGUGGGCUUCACGGACGCGGACUUCGUGAACGUUGCGCCGCUGGCCGAAAUGGCCAGGGUCACGCUGUUCGUCACGUUCGCGGUGUUUGCUGGUAUCUUCACGUGCACGACGUUCCUGCCGUCGUUCCGCUUUGCGCGCAUGUACUCGGAGCUGAUCAAGGACAAGCAGACGUCGGUUGUGAUGAAGGUGCUGCUGCACCUGAACAUGUUCUUCCCGGUCCUGAUUUGCGCGCUGUGGGUGCCGCGCCUUUCGAGCAACGUGCUGGUGCCUGCCGAGCUGGUUAAGUGUUCUCCGCGCGCGCUGACGCGUGACUGCCUGCAGAGCGAGGUACUGGGUCUCACUAGCGAAUCCUCGUCGGAUGUCUGGAAAUGGUACAGCCUCACGGAGUCUCAGUUCCACACGCUUCGUAUCUACGUAGUGUUUGUGGCUUGCCUGGUUCGUCUUGUGUGCUUCCGUACGCACCUGCAGCACUUCCUGCUAGAGCCUCGUGAGGUGAUGGCGUCUCUUGUGGGUCGCCCGGGCUUCGUGGACGGCGCGCUGCUGCAGAGCAAGGUCCGCCUCCAGUUCAACUACGUGCCGAUCAUCGCGCUGCAGUACCUUGCGCCGGUGUGCGCAUUACUCGCUGCUGCUCAGCUGUUGAUGAAGCAAACGGCCACGCCUCUGGGUAUCUUCAAGGGCGUCUCAUGGGUGCUGCAGCGCGUGGCGCCGAACGUCUCGAUUCCUGCCACCCUGACUUCCGAAGGAUUGAACGCGGUCUCUUUGAACGUGCUGCCUGACCCGACGGCCCCGCCCAACCUCGGCGGCUUUAGACUGGGCGACGACCUGACCAAGGAGAACGUGACGCCGUUCCUGCGCGGCAUGGGCCAGUUCCCGAUUCUGACGGCGGAGUUUUACGAGUCGGCGCUGGGCUUCUUCAUCUGGUUCCUCAGCUUCACCUUGUUCGCUGUGAGUCUGGCGGGUCUCCUCUACUGGCGCAAUGUGGCGGCUCACGGCAGCGCCGAGGUCGAGCAAACCGCCGCUGUGCGACAGAACAAGCAGACCCCCAAGACGCUCAAGAACCAACUCAAGAGCCUCAAGCUCAAGAAGAACAAGUAG